AUGCCCAAAGCCGCUGAUGGGUUGAGUGAAGUCCCCAAAGCCGCACCUGGCAAUGCAUCAGCACGGUUUUCUCGGAACCGUGGUAUCAUCAAUGGUCGUACGGUCAUGGCACCACUAGCUGCCUUUACUAUGGCCGGACUGCUGUUCGUUUACGCUCGAACGUCAAUACGUGCCGCCAAGCUCAAUGCGCAAAAGCACCGGGAGGCAGAUGGAGGUCAGAUCAGUUGGCACAAAGAGAGCUUGAGGCGGCACGGGCAAAUUGAGAGAUUGGACGAUGAUAGGGGAACGUUUGGAGAGGCGCUACUGGGAGACAUGCGUAGGAAGAAACAGCACAAGGCCAAGGAGAAUCAAAAGGUGUCGGCCGAGAGAUCGGAAAACGAUGCGGAGUUGAGGAAGAUCAUAGGCAAGAAAGACUGA